AUGGUUGCUGCUGCAUCGAUCGAUGCUGUUGCCUCUACUUUGCCAAACUCCAUUCCUGUUCCUGUGCCUCAUUUCAUCGCCAAGUUAGGGUGCCAAUUGUCAUCACUUUUAACUCUAUUAUUGAUUCAUAUACCAGGAGGUACUCAGCUGUUGACUUAUAUUAAAAAAUCCAUACAUGAUGAUCCAUAUAGAGCUGCUGUCGAAAUAGGGUUGAUCGUAUAUGGGAUCUUAUACUGGUUGGCCAAACCAAAGAGAACCAAGAAAUCAUACAUCUUAAAUGAUUCCAAAUUAUUGUUAAGUGAAAGAGAAAUUAAUGAUUUGAUUGAAGAUUGGGAACCAGAACCUCUAGUGGACGCCUCUAUUCUCGAGGAACAACGUUGGAGAUUACAAAGUAUCCCUGUUAUUGAUACCGUUACUGAUGAUACAAAAAGUUUGAAACAACCUUUUAUAAAUAUUUCCAGAGAUGAUAAUAAAGAGUUUUAUAAAAACGUCUUGAAUCUAACUUCUCAUAAUUUCCUACAAAUCUCUUCUUUGCCACAAGUAUUGGAUGUUGCCAAACAAACGGUGGAAAAUUACGGGGUUGGUGCAUGUGGUCCUGCAGGGUUUUAUGGGAAUCAAGAUGCCCAUUAUACUACAGAAUAUAAAUUGGCAGAAUUCUUCGGUACCGAAGGUGCUGUGUUAUACGGUCAAGAUUUCUGUGUAGCUGCCUCUGUUAUCCCAGCUUUUACCAAGCGUGGUGAUUUGAUCGUAGCUGAUGAUCAAGUCUCUUUAUCCAUCCAAAAUGCUUUACAAUUGAGUAGAUCUACCAUUUAUUAUUUCAAACAUAAUGAUAUGGAAUCUUUGGAAAACCUAUUGAUUGAAUUGAAUGAAAGUGAAAAAUUAGAAAAAUUACCUGCCAUCCCAAGAAAAUUCAUUGUUACUGAAGGUUUAUUCCAUAACUCUGGAGAUUUAGCUCCUCUACCACAAUUGACUCGUUUAAAGAACAAAUAUAAAUUUAGAUUAUUUGUAGAUGAAACUUUCUCCUUAGGUGUCUUAGGUAAGACUGGUCGUGGGUUAAGUGAACAUUUUAAUAUGGAUCGUUCCUCAUCUAUUGAUAUUACUGUGGGUUCCAUGGCAACAGCAUUCGGUUCUUCAGGUGGGUUUGUUCUGGGUGAUCACAUCAUGACUUUCCAUCAGCAUAUCGGAUCAAACGCCUAUUGUUUCUCUGCUUCUUUACCGGCAUACACAGUUUUAACUUUGACUAAAGUGUUGGAAAUCAUGGAUCAAGAUAAUUCUGCUGUUAAUAAAGUUCAAGUCUUAUCCAAGAUGUUACAUGAUUUCUUCAUCACAGAUGAUCAAUUAUCAAAAUUCGUAGAGGUCACAUCAGAUGAACAAAGUCCAGUCUUGCAUUUCAGAUUGAAUCAAUCAUUCAGAGAUUUGAUAUUCCACUAUUCCAUGGAUUCCUUAUUCGAAACCAUCAUUAAAUUCCAACAAAAGAAUUCCACUACAAGAUUCAUUGAAAAUUUCGAAAAUGAAGAAAAAUUCCUACAAAAAAUUGUCGAUAAAGCUUUGAUCAAACAUAACAUAUUGAUCUCAAGAAACACUAUUGUCAUGAAACAUGAGUCUUUGCCAUGCCUACCUUCUUUGAAGAUCUGUGUCAACGCAAAUAUCUCCGAAAAGAUCCUAGUCGAUGCCUUGGCCAAUAUUAAAGAAUCAAUCUUACAUUGUUGUCAAGAAUUGGUGCCAAAAAACUAA